AUGUCUUCACCUUUGCCAGCGAGCAGUCACAAGCGGCGCAGAAUUCUGCAGCGUUGCACAUCUCUAGAGCAAGAGCCAGAAAAUUGUGACCAGUGUGAUCUUUCUAGCAGUCCUCCCGGCAUUCGCAGCUUGAAGGACCUUGCAGAGUGGCCGCUAGAUGUGGCCACAGCCUUGUGUGGUGGGAACGAUGAGAAGAAUGAAGAAUUGCGCCUUCGGCUUCGCAAUCAUUUGUUAACCGGAAUGAUCCUGAACACGGAUUAUUCAGGACUUGACUGUCCGCGAGAGGCAAUGGAGAUGGGCAUUCAAGCUUUGAAGCGUGUGCUUGAUUUGGAGAUCCCUGGGUCAGUGUUACGUGUUGGACGUACCUGUGACAAAGGUGCAAUUCAGAAGCGUGUGCAGGUUGAGCUCGCUCGUAGUUUUGACUUCGAAGGUGGGCAUCAGCAUUGCCACUUUGAAGACAUCCUCCAUCGACUGCCCAAGAGCGCCCAGGACUACAUUUCAGCAGCUACCCCGAACAAGUCAGCUCCAAAGGCAGAUCGAGCGGCAGCCUUUGGGGCCAUCGCUACUUGGAUCAUGCAGAACCGCUCUUGGCUGUUCAGCUUGGACGCUGAGAGCUACUGCUGUGUGCACGACAGGCGAUGCAGAGUUCACAAGUUCGCUGGAGCUGAAGAUGAUUCCAGUCUUCGCAUGAAUGUCGCUGGCGUGACCUGUCAUGCAUGGUCGUCUGAGGGAUUGAAUGAGGGCAGUGCUCAUGAGUCAGAAAUCCCAUUGGCCGCAUGGCUUGCAGAACGAGUCUACAUGUUCGAGCAGAAGGCCGAGGACGUUGCGUUUCUUGAGUGCACCCCGAGGUUCCCGGCCCAGCAAAGGUUGAGUGAGGUUUUCGGGGCCCUUGGAAAAGUCUUCGCUUGGACAGAUGGACCUGAGUGGCAUGGAUGGCCGCACAGACGUAGGCGUGUCCUUGCCGUGGUAGUGAACACUUUGACAGCGUCCUGGGUCGGGGACACUGAUGUCUCUGUGUUGAAGGAUGCAAACUAUUCUUUCGUCAGAUGGUUUCCACUGGGUGGCAUCCAGCGUCUUCGAGAUUGGCAGGAGCUCUACCAUGAGAAGCUUGCUGAAUCCCCAAGUUGCGAGCAUUCCUAUGCGAUGUGGAUCAUACUGUUGGUGGUAAAGGUCCCAGUGGAGGCGAGCUGUGGCCCACCCAACUCACUCAUGGCUCAGUGGUAUCCUUUCGUCGCGCCCAACAAGAUGACAGUCAUGAAGAAGACUUCCCUGACGCCUGCCCAGAUCAAAACAUUGGCAGGCAACAGUAUGCACCUGAGGACGCAGAUGACGUUCAUGCUGUUUUGCCUGGCGCAGAUCAUCAAAAAGCAGUCUGGUCGCGCGUCCUUGUCGCGGGCAUCCACAUGGAUGGACGAUGAGGAGCAGUGA